AAAAAUUAUAAAAAAAAAAGUAAGAACAGACCUCGUUAGUAUUUUACUUGCCAUUUUUAUCUCUUUUCAUUUCUCUUAUUACACUCUCUCUCAACUAUUGGCAAAAGGACUCAAUCGUUAAGAUUUUCUCUUCGAGAUACUUAAACAAAAUGGCCGUGAAACCAACAGUAGCUUUGAGGGCUUUUCUUGUAGGAGGGGUAGCUGUUUUUGCAAAAGUAGCAGGUGCAAUGAAGGCUGCUGGUGGUGCUAAACUGGGUGCUGCCGCAGCUGCUAUGACUGUAGCGGCUUCUGCUGCAAUGACAGGAUCGAAGCAGGAGCAAAAAGAUGGAUCUAAGCAACCUUCAAAAUGAUCUUCCUUUUCUUUCGUUCUUUCUUUCAGCACCUUGUAGGCAUUUUUAAUGUAGGUGGCGUAGUCAGUUGCUCAUGGGAGCUUGUCUAGAGAAGAUGGCUAUGUUUGGAAUUCUAUUUUGGUCAUCACAGAGUUUUUUUUUUUUUUUUAAAUGACUUGAAAUAAGAAAAACCUACACUUUUGAUCUGAAUUAAACUUAAAGAAGAUGGCAUAUUGCCAUUCAAAUUCAGAUGUGAAUGUCUUUUGUUAUACAAUAUUAGAUCCAAUCGCAUAAGAUACAGCUUUUGUUUCAA